UUUCAAAAGCAGCCAGCGCAUAAUAAAAAGUUGUCAGUUCUUUUUCUUUUCAUAUUGGUUUAAUCAUGUCAGAUACAGAAAAAAAGCAAGCCUCAUCGGCCCUCGAUUCCAAUGCCACCAACAGUGACCAAGCAAAGUUUGGAUCGCGACUGCUGGACGAUGUGGAUGCCGUGUUUCAACAUAAUGCUUGGGAUCAUGUGGAGUGGGACGAGGAACACGAAAAGUAUGCACAGUCUCAGAUUGAGAGACAUCACAACAGUCCAGUACCACACGAUGAACAAGGCCAAUACUUUGAGCAGGCACCUGAAUACUGGAACAAGUUUUAUGAAAAGAACGAAAAUCGAUUCUUCAAGGAUCGAAACUGGUUACGGAUUGAGUUUCCCGAGAUCUUUGAAACUACACGUCCCGAGGCUGGAUCAAAACGAAUUUUCGAAGUUGGAUGUGGUGCAGGCAACACAUUGUUCCCGGUGUUACAACAAAAUGAAAACCCAGAUCUGUUCUGUUAUGCAGCCGAUUUCUCUAGCACAGCAGUUCAGGUCGUAAGGAAUAGCGAAUUGUAUGAUACAACCAAAGCCAAUGCAUUUGUCUGGGACUUGGCCAGUCCUGAAAUACCCGAUGCCAUUGAGCCCGGCUCACUUGACAUUAUUGUUUUGAUUUUUGUGUUUUCUGCCCUUGCACCCGAGCAAUGGGAUCAAGCACUUUUGAAUAUUCACAAGAUGCUUAAACCAGGCGGUUUAGUUGUAUUUCGUGAUUAUGGACGACACGAUCUAGCACAACUUCGGUUCAAAGAACGACGUAUGUUACGCGAGAAUUUCUACAUUCGAGGCGAUGGUACGCGAGUCUACUUUUUCACAUCCGAGGAAAUCGAGUCCAUGUUCACUACACGUGUGCCGCCACCUGGAUUCGCUGUCGAACAAAAUGCAGUGGAUCGUCGACUUAUUGUUAAUAGGAGCAAGAAGCUUAAAAUGUACCGCGUGUGGUUGCAAGGCAAAUUUAGAAAACUGUAAAAGCUCAUCCAUGUCUUUCUAAAACCUUUGUAAAAGUAUGAUACAUCAUUGCAAUUAUUCGUCACGUUCUCUCUGAUUUCGACUCGCUUUAAUAUAAUAAAUGGCAAUGUU